AUGCAACCUUCAACCGACGGUAAUCGCGUAGACGAGAAUCCCUCAACAAGCACUAGAGACGUGGCUAGAGAAGUGCAAGUAUCAAAAACUAAAGUGUGGCAAACGCUGCGUGAAGAGGGGCUGUAUCCGUUUCACGUCCAACGUGUACAAGUCCUUCAACCUGACGAUUUUCCAGCAAGAGUGCGGUUUUGUGAGUGGUUGUUGCAUCAACAUGACAAUAAUCCGGACUUUUUGAAGUGCAUAUUGGUGACAGACGAAUCUACGUUCACGCAAAAUCCGCACGCUGUCCGUCAGGCACAUUUUCAACAAACAUUUUCGGUGAAUGUUUGGGCUGGCAUGGUGAACGGUAUGCUCAUUGGACCAUUUAUUCUCCCAAAUCGAUUGGACGGGAUGCAAUACCUAGACUUUUUACGCAACAUUUUGCCUUCCUUGUUAGAAGAUGUGCCAUUAAGUGUAAGACAAUCAAUGUGGUUUCUGCACGAUGUGCGUGAGUUUUUCAAUGAAUUAUUUCCGAAUAAGUGGAUCGGACAACAUUUUCGCGCAAUAAUUUAUUACAACUUUCAGAGACAAUUAUCACAACAAGAAUGCCUUUCUGUUUUCGGCAACGAAGCGCCACAACAUCUUAGCGACGAUCCCAGGGUGGGUGCACCAAAAACGCCAGUCACCCAGGAGAACGUCGAUUCUAUGCGCAAACUCAUCAUUGAAGAUAGACAUGUGACAUAUCGCGAGAUUGAGGCGUCCUUGAACAUCUCAAAGACCUCAAUUCAAAAAAAAUUACAUGAAGAAUUAGGAGUAAGAAAACUAGUUUCUCGUUGGAUACCCCACAUGUUGACUGGAGAGCAGAAAGCAGUGAGGGUUAAUUGCAUUAUUAGUGGUGAUGAAUCGUGGAUUUACUGUUAUGAACCAGAAAAUAAACGACAGUCGGCUGUUUGGGUGUUCCAAGGUGAAGAAAAGCCAACAGAAGUCAUCCGUUCUCGUACGGGUCAUAUUGCAACAAUUCCUCUUAAUGAGCAAAGAACUGUUACUGAGGAUUGGUAUACCACCAUUUACAAUGCAAGCUCGCACACAGCCCAAAAAACAAGGCAGUCUUUAACGGAAGAAAACGUGGAAUUAUUGGACCAUCCUCCAUAUAAUCCCGAUCUAAGUCCUAACGAUUUCUUUACUUUUCCGAAAAUUAAAAACAGACUGCGUGGUCAAAGGUUCCAGUCGCCAGAAGAAGCAGUUGGCGCAUUCAAAAAUGCCGUUUCGGAUCUGCCAGCAAACGAGUGGAAUAAGUGCUUCGAAAAUUGGUUCGAGCGCAUGCAGAUGUGUAUUAAUCUUCGUGGAGAAUACUUCGAAAAACAAUAAAGUCAUUUAAAACUAGCUACCGUAUUGUUUUAUUUCCAUAUGCAAAACUUAAAAGACAUCCCUCGUAUAUACUAUUUCUAUCCAUAAAAAUCUUGACUGAAUGAAAGUUGUAUAAGGUGUUAGUCACACAUAAAAU